GAUACAUGCACAAAUAGAGAACACCAGCUUCUUUUAAGACAGUAUCACACUCAGGACAAAAACUGAAACAUCAGUGCACCUGAACAUCAUGGAUCAACGGUUGGAUAUCUAUGUCGAUGCUGAGACAUCUUCCAGUAAAUACAGCAACAGGACAAGGCAGAUGAAAAGUUCCGAAAAUAUCUAUGAAAAUGCAUUGAUCUACACUCUGGAGCCCCACAGCACUGGACCUGCGUUCUCAGGUGCUGACAGUGUGAAGAAGAGUUCCUGCAGAGCUGCUGUGCUGUUUCUGGGUCUGCUGUGUCUUCUCCUCCUGGCUGGACUCAUAACUCUGGGCUCCCUCUACACCAAAAAGGAUAUGAAGAUGGCCCUCUUGCAGACCAGUUACAACAAUCUGACCAAUGAAAGAGACCAGUUGCAGACCAGUUACAACAAUCUGACCAAUGAAAGAGACCAGUUGCAGAUCAGUCUUUACAACCUGCAUGGAGUUCUAAAUCAGUUGCAGUCCAGAUACGACACCCUGGCUAGAGAGAAAGACCAGCUACAAAAGAGACUUGAGUCCAUGACCAAAGACAGAAAUGAUCUCCAGAGAGGGUGUCAAGGAUGGGUGUAUUUCGGUGGUAGUGUUUACAACAGUGAAGAAGAACAGAAAUUCUCAAGCCAGUGGAAGGAUAAUAUAUGGAUUGGACUCACUGACAGAGAGACGGAGGGGACGUGGAAAUGGGUUGAUGGGACACCUCUGACAACAAGCUACUGGGCAAGCAAUGAGCCUAACGGCCAUACAAUCUUACGCGACGAAGACUGUGGAGAAGUGAUGCUCCAUGAAAUAAAAGACAACUGGAAUGAUAAAGCAUGCGACGAUCCAAACUUUUGGAUCUGUGAAAAGAAAUUACCUCUGUAACUCAGCCAGGACAAUUCCAGUUUUUAACAGUGCCAGUGAAACUAGCUCAGCUAAAAUUGAAAACGCCUUUUUUCUGUCUGUUUUGGCCUCACAUACACACUAAGCCCAGAUUUUUAAAUGAUGAAUGCCUGCUCAGACACACUCAGUGAAGUUCAAAGGACAACCUCCAUCUAUCGCCUGAUUUCACACCAUAUCAACACAGUAAUCACAUCCUCCUAAUGCUACUGUACGAAACUGUUCUCCUAAUGUUAACAGUUUAAAUGUUGAGUUAGUGUUCACUGAGGUUGUCACGGCAUACCAUGCUAUGGAUGAUGAGGGCAUUUGAAUGCACCUCCAAAACCAAAAAAAGCAACUUAGCAUCCUUAACAAUAUAGGUCAUCAAAAACUUUUGCCAACCACAGCCUCCACACGUCCGACAUUGUUUGGACUGACUACCCCCUGGUGGCAUGUCCAAAUCAUGCAACCAAAUGGUGAUGUAAGAAAAACUAAAGGGCUGCAACAGAGUCUGUAUCUGGUCCGUCAGUCAAGCAUCUAUUGUGUAUGUGGUUAUUCCAGUAUUGUGUGAUUGUUUUUAAUUGACUGAACUUUUGCAACUAGUGCCUACAAUUAGAGAACAUGGGGGUUGGGGGCUUAUUUGUAAAGAACUGUAAAAUAUGAGUCUCUUUUUGAUAGCUGUAAAGAAAUUAUUUACAUUUUAAUGGUUACAUCCUUUUUCUCAUCAACUCUUUUCUAUGAUAUUGGGCAGAUCUAACAGCAGCCAUUAUACAUUAAACAUUUACUAAGCUGA